AUGGGGAAAGACAAAAAGAAGAGUAGAAGUAGAAGCAAAUCUGGUAAAAAGAAAGAGAAGAAAGAAAAGAAGGAAAAGAAAUCAAAAGCAAAGAAAGAUUCAAUAAAGAAGGAGUCCAUUAAAAAAAAAGAAUCUUUAAAAAAGGAAUCUCAAAAGAAAAAUAAAAAGUAAAAAGAAUCAAAAAAAAAGGAUAAUAAGAGUAGAAAGAAAAGUCAAAGUCCAUCCCCAAUGAAUGCUUAAAAAAAAUAGGCCUAGGAUGAAUAGAAGUUGAAGGAGGGCGAAUAGAAGCGAUUAUCAAGAUUAAUGAAAGCAAAACUAAUUAAAUUUUAGAAUUCAGAUGAUGAUGAUGAUGAUGAUAAAAAAGAAUUUGUUUAUAAAGAUCCUGAAGUAAUUGAACCAAUUUUACCACCAGAUGAAUAAUUAAUUUAUGAUUGGUCAUAAAGAAAUUAAGAAAAAUAAAUAUAAGAUGCAUUAAAAAAAUGUAGAUUGGUGGGAGAGAAAUUAUUUUAUGAUUCUGAUGGAAUUGAAGAGGAUGAUAAUCCAGAUGAAUAAUUUUAAGAUGAAAAUUGUACAGAUAAUAAAUAAGAUGCAAAAAUGUAAGAAGAAUAUGAUUAGGAAAUGUAGAAACAAAAUGAAAAGGUAGAUAAAGAAUAAUAAUAAAGAUUUUUGAUAGAGAAAAAAACAUUAAAUAAUGAUAGUGAUAGUGAUAGCGAAGAUGAAGUUGCAUCUAAUGCUAAAUUAUUUACAAAAAAUUUAUUAUCUAUUUCAAAAUUGUUCUUCUAUUUUAUUUUGAAACAAGAAAUUAGAACUCUUUUUAGUUUUAUUAAAUGUCAUUUUCACAAAACUUAAAGUAAGAAAUUUCUUUAAAAAUUAAAUAACUUUAAUAAUUAUGGAAAUUACAAUUUUUUUUGUUGUUGUUCCUAAUAUAUGUCUACUUGA